AUGUCCGAGAAGGGGGACCUUGGGCCCUCGAAGAUCGAGGCGCCCCACAGCCGCCAUAUCCCAUACUGGCGCAUUGUCUCUGACCAGGGCGCCGUGACGCAAGAUGUGAUCGAUUACCCAUACCCCGGUUCGGGAACGGAGGACGACCCUUAUUCCAUCACCUGGAUCCCGGAGGACCCUCGAAACCCCAUGCAAUUCAGCUCGACGAAGAAGUGGUUCAUCACGAUGAUGGUGGCCAUCGCCACCCUGGCCGUUGCACUGGUCUCGUCUGCCUACACCGGUGGUGUCGCAGAAAUCGAAGCGGAAUUCGGGAUUGGCAGCGAAGUCGCGACUCUCGGUGUCUCUUUGUUCGUUUUGGGUUUUGCAGUUGGUCCUCUACUGUGGGCUCCUCUUAGUGAAAUGUUCGGCCGUCAGGUCGUCUUCUUCGGUACCUAUCUCGCUCUGACUGCCUUCAACUCUGGCAGCGCGGGAGCCCAGAACAUCUGGACUCUGAUCAUCCUUCGUUUCUUCGCCGGUUCUUUCGGUGCCUCGCCGUUCACUAAUGCCGGCGGUGUCAUCGCCGAUAUGUUCUCUGCCAAGGAUCGUGGUAUUGCUAUGAGUCUGUUCGCGGCUGCUCCUUUCCUCGGUCCCGUCAUCGGUCCGAUCAUCGGUGGAUUCCUUGGCAUGAACGCUGGAUGGCGCUGGGUCAUGGGUUUCCUAGGCGCUUUCUCCGGCUUCGUUUGGAUCCUCGGAUCUCUCCUGGUCCCCGAAACCUAUGCUCCGGUGCUUCUGCGCCGUCGUGCUGAAAGACUUUCCCAGAUCACUGGCAAGGUGUACAAGAGCAAACUCGACAUCGACCAGGGCAGGACUACUCUCAAGGCGGCGUUCAAGACCGCCUUGUCGCGCCCUUGGGUUCUCCUGUUCAAGGAGCCCAUCGUUUUCCUCCUCAGUUUGUACAUGGCCAUCGUUUACGGCACGCUUUACAUGCUGUUCGCCGCCUACCCCAUCGUGUUCCAGAUGUACCGUGGCUGGAACCAGGGCAUUGGAAGUCUCCCCUUCUUGGGUAUCAUGAUUGGUAUGAUGGCCGCCGUGAUCUACAGUAUCCUGGACAACAAGCGCUACGUCAGAACCGAAGCGAACCACGGCGGAUUCGCUCCUCCCGAGGCUCGAUUGCCGCCCUGCUUGAUUGCGUCCAUUGCCAUCCCCGUGGGUCUGUUCUGGUUCGCCUGGACUAACUAUCCUUCGAUCCACUGGAUGGCCAGCAUUGCCGCCGGUGCUCCCUUCGGAUUCGGCAUGGUGCUGGUGUUCUUGAGUAUCAUGAGUUACCUGAUUGACACCUACACCAUCUUCGCCGCCUCGGUUCUGGCCGCCAACUCCGUGCUGCGUUCGGUUUUCGGUGCCGUCUUCCCUCUUUUCACCACCUACAUGUAUCAAGAUCUGGGUAUCCACUGGGCCUCGUCCAUUCCCGCUUUCCUGGCUCUGGCCUGUGUGCCUUUCCCCUUCUUGUUCUACAAGUACGGCCCGGCCAUUCGAACUCGUUGCAAGUACGCCGCCGAGUCGGAUGCGUUUAUGCGCAAGAUGCUGCAGGGAAUGAAGAAAGAACCCGAGCCCGAGCCCGAGACCGAGGCCCUGAAGGACGAAGAAGCCUACGAUCGCCGGGAGGCCCCAGCCCCCGAGGUUUCCGACGACAGCGAAUCCGACUCUCACGUUGACGAACUUCCCAACAUUCACCAGACCCGCAGCAGGGCCUCGACCGUCCGCACGGUUGCCUCCCAGACGAACAAGUCGGUCUACGAGGCCAACCCCUACGACAUUGACCGGGUGAACACUCGGGAGUCUUUCAAAUAG